CAGAGUAGCGGGAAUUUCAAAACUAACUACAUAUAUAUGCAUGGUCCCAUCGAAUGAGCACUAAUACUUAGCGCUUGAUGGUGUGGUGUGAGAGCCGACGAUGCCAGACGAUCUAGGUUCGCCACGCAAUAUCGGCUACACUGAUCGCAGCUGCAUUCCUAAUGGAAGGUCUCUCGUUUGUGGGGAAGAUUAUUUUUCACUUUGCAAACAUCAAAUUGGUUGGAUCGCGCGUGGCUUAUAUAACUGAUCGGGUCUUUCUCAUUAGUCCUCCAAGCAUAUUCGUUCAAGACUAAGUGAAAGUCAAAAUGCGAUUCUGGAGUGCCUUUGCUUCAAUCGCGAUACUUCCCAUUGUCGCGGCUGAUUUCUUGACUGCCGGGGUCAGUUGCGACGUUCAUAAGAUGUAUCCGGAACAGAGUUGGGCUUUGUACCCUUCGACGAUAAAGGCUUGCGAAGAUAUAUUGGACCACUGGACUAUGAAUGUUACUCUGGAUAAACGCAGGGGACUGAUAAACGGCUCGUUGUGCGGCACUGAUAUUUCAGUGGAUACGCUCCGGAACAAGUACUAUAUCCCCUUGACGAGGCUCACUGCAACGUGUAUCCAAGGUACUGGAGGCACGACAUGCAACCGUUCGUCGGACGGCGCAUCGUGCUCAUAUGCGAAUGGGCUGCUUUGCAACGCUUGGCCCAUGUGUGAUUAGUACCUCGAUCUGGUGGAGCAGGCAGCGUACGACCUAUGUAGAAUAUUUUAACGAAGCUGGAAUCCUGUCAAGUAGAAAUUACAGUGUGCGUGAAUGCAUCUACAUCUAGAAGCCGCGCCAACAGAUAAAGGUAAUCUAGACAAUAAACCCGCCGACUACUGAAG